CAAAUCUCAGAUCCAUCACUUUCACUCCUAUUUACACUGUACUUUACACACUUCACUUCAUCAGUUCCACCUAUACUCAACUCCAUCUCCCUCUCUCUUCUCUUAUCUUCUCUCUUUCCUGUCGAGUUUUACAUUAAUGGCAGCUCUGAAUUUAAUACCUGAAAACGACAAUAAAGAAAAUGUCUCCCUCUCAGAGAUAGCCACUGUUUCUGUCAAGUGGCCUCAAGAUAAAGACAAAACCAAAAUCAGAUUAAGAAGAAAAGGGUAUACAAGACAGCCCCUUCAAGACAUCACUAACCUCUUUGUCUCAUCAUCACCAUUGUCCUCUUCGUUUCUGAAUCUUCGUAUGCCCUCUUCGCCAUCUCUAUCAGUCGUUCCCAAAUGCAUGAAGAGAAAAUCUGGUGUUGCUCUCAAGGCUGCCACUUCUACCUACUCCUGUAGAAAUUUCAGAUGAUUUUCUUCUCCUUCUUCUUUGAAUAGAUUUUUAAUCCUCUAGAGAAUGGGUUGCUAUUACUUAAAAAAAUAUGUCUUUAUCAAUACCCUGCCAUUAGCAUUCAUGUACUACUUUGGUUCAAUCGCACUACUUAUAGGUUCAAAGAGAUUACGAUUGAUAUAUUAGGCCGACAUAAACUCCUAAUUCUAAAGGAACAAAGAGG